AUGUUAAAGAGUUCUAUUACCAAUUUACCAGUACCACCAGAUAUGGCAACAAGAAAAAGAAAGAUUGUAUCAUGUGCAGCCUGCAGAGUGCAACGCAAGAAAUGUUCUGAAGAUUGUAUUUUGGCUCCUUAUUUUCCUACGGACGAUCCUGACAAAUUCACAGUCGUGCACGCAGUUUAUGGAACCAGUUAUAUCAUCAAACUACUUCAAGGUUUGAAGACCGAGCAAAGAGCGGAUGCUGUAAAUAAUUUGGCCUGUGAAGCAAGUGCAAGAGUGAAGGACCCCAUCCAGGGAAGUGCCGGAAUAAUCCAUCAUCUACGAAAACGAAUAUCCGAGUUAGAAUCUCAGUUGGCAGGCAAGCAAGAAGAGCUCAAGAAUAUGCAUUCAAUGGUUGAUAAGCUUGUAUUUCUCGGCUUUCCCAUGUUUGCUGGAUCUUCUGAUUUUCAAGAUAUUUUAUAUCCAACAAAUACAACUGAAGAUAUUAUGUAUGAGCAGUUGGAUCUACCGUUGUGGGAGCCAAUACAAGGCUGA